CCACUCGAAUGGGACGUCUUUCUUCGUAAGGUCGUUAAGGGGUCGAGCCGUAGCGGCGAAGUCUUUGAUGAACCUGCGAUAGAAGUUUCCAAAGCCCAGGAAGGAUUGUACUUCCUUCAGGUUCUUCGGAGUUGGCCAGGCGGCGAUUCCAUCAACCUUGACGGGGUCCAUAGAUAUAUUGUCCGCGGAGAUGAUGAAUCCGAGGUAUUCGACCGUGUCUGUUUCGAAAGUGCAUUUGGAGGGUUUCAAGAAUAG